AUGAUGUGGAAGCUCGAGUUAGAUGUAGCUAAUGUGGAUAGAUUGGAUGAUAUGGCAAUCAUGAUUAAGGAUUCAUUCGUAAGAUUAGAAGAAAGUUAUAAGGGAUCUAUUAGUAAUGACUUGGUGGAUUUCAAAUUUCAAUUUCCCGACAUUAAUAAUUUCAAAACAAAUAGCAUAUCCUUGAAUUUAAAUUAUAGAGAAUUUAAUUUAGGUGGAGUGAUUCUCAAGGAUAGCAUUUUAUUAGGUUGUAAAGAUGGGCUUCAAAAAGAUGUGCUUUGGAAAGUUGAGCUACCUACAAUAUAUGGUUUUAAGAGAGUUGGGCUCACUUAUGACAUGGAUACAACUUAUAGGUUUAAAGAAGAUAGACUCUUAGGCAUGAUAUUAGAUGGAAAAGAAUUAUAUUUGAUGGAAGAUGGGAAGGAAUCUUAG